CAGCCGGAAAUCGCACCCUCCUCUGUUUUCUUUCCACUUUUUAGUUUAUUUUUCAGGUCCUAAUUUCGCUAGGACAUCGGAUGACACGGCGUGAUGUUUUGAGUGGUUCCGUACGCUCUUUAAUACCCGAUCAUUUCGGCGUUAUUUUCUACUGAAAUGAGGAGAAAGAGGAGAGGCAGUAGCAGCACCAGCGAGGGGAGUGAUGAGUCAAUACAACUAAUAAUUUAAUGGGGACACAGAGAGAGGGAGAGAGAGAGAAAGAGAAGCUCCGUCCGGGCACAAAAAACGACCAGAAAACAUCACAACACAGGGAUCAGACUUUAAUUUUUAGCACGUUUAAUCCGUAUUUUCGAUUGGAAGCUAUAACGCACUUUUAUACCUGUUAGUGACUGCAAAACCGCACAUCGUCUUUUAAAUGGGAAGACAGGUCGUUUUCGCAUUUUCUCCUGGACAGUAGAGGCAAAACUAACGCACUGUUGGGGAUCUUUUUACAUAUUUUCCCUACCCAGUUUAUAACAAGAGAACAUAAGUAUGUGUUUAUCCUUAUUCCGAUCGUUGCUUUUUCGGUGCACACUUGGUAUUUUUUGUGCUGAAUAGUGGUAACUCCGCAGGAGAACUCUAUGCACUUGUAACCGGUAUUGUACUUUUCAGGAAUACGUUUCAGGUGUACCAAUGUCUAGCUUAAUGUGAUAAGAAUUUAUCUCCGCGUCAGCGUUAAUUAGUUGUUUGAAAUAUAUAAGAAAUCGACCGAGUUAAUUUCUCAUCCAUGUUAUCGUUUUUUAUACAAGAUAAAGUUCUCGGUUUUGUACAUUUCGUCUGCUGCUCUUGGAAAAUCGCCUUUUUUCGCCUAUUGGGGAGAGCGUAUACAAUCCGUUUAAAGAAGAGUAUUAAUGUCUGCUGUCAUACAGACCUAGAAAGCGUCAAACUUUCAAGUGUUCCUUCCUUUGAAAGAACUUAAGUAAAAGAAGGCGCUAUUCACCCAGGCUGCUGUGUAUAUGCUUUCAAGUUUUGAAGUGGUGAGUUUCAGGUGACUUUGAAAGGUGGCGCUGAAGAUGAUGGAUCAUCUCAGCGAUCCUUGCCAUGGGAAGGAGAACUGCGAGCUUCCCAAUAGCAUUGGAGAUCCCAAGGCACCACCGACCAAGAUCGCACGUCUGGAGCAGAAUGGAAGCCCUCUUGGAAGGAGCCGUUUAGGAAGCACGGGGGCCAAGCUUGCCGGGGUGUCUUUGAAACCUGGUGGACACUUGAUGAAAACAUGUCAUAAGAGAGGGAACAUGCUUCCAGUGUUUUGUGUUGUUGAGCAUUAUGAGAGUCCUAUUGAAUUCGACAGCAAAGAGGAGCAUGCAGAGUUUGUGUUAGUGAGAAAGGACAUGCUCUUCAACCAGCUCAUUGAAAUGGCACUGCUUUCUCUCGGAUAUUCCCACAGUUCUGCAGCUCAGGCAAAAGGCCUAAUCCAGGUUGGCAAGUGGAAUCCAGUCCCCCUCUCCUAUGUAACAGAUGCACCGGACGCCACAGUGGCAGACAUGCUGCAGGAUGUGUAUCAUGUGGUCACACUGAAAAUUCAGUUACACAGUUGCCCUAAACUGGAAGACUUGCCUCCUGAACAGUGGACACAUUCCACAGUAAGAAAUGCCCUCAAGGAGUUACUGAAAGACAUGAACCAGAGCUCAUUGGCUAAAGAAUGUCCCUUGUCACAGAGUAUGAUUUCUUCCAUUGUGAACAGCACUUACUAUGCAAAUGUCUCGGCAGCAAAAUGUCAGGAAUUCGGGCGGUGGUAUAAACAUUUCAAGAAGACAAAAGAUAUGAUGGUAGCGUGCCAGCCCUCCCAGCUGGAGGGAUACCUGGAAACAUGCAUUCUCCACGACAGUCCAAGAUCCACUGCAGUAGCUGAAAUGGAAAGCCUGUCUGACCUGUCUCCACCAGGCGCUAACCAUGUGAAUUUCAGUCAGCAGCCUAUUCCUGGAAGCACUGCUGAACAGCCACCUUCCCCUGUACAGCUUCCUCAUGGAGGGCAGACAUCAGUUCGAUCCCAGAUGCCUAGCUUGCACCCUGGUCUUGUGUCCACACCCAUCAGCCCUCAGCUGGUCAACCAGCAGAUAGUGAUGGCUCAGAUCUUAAACCAGCAGUAUGCGGUGAACAGAAUCUUAGCACAGCAGUCUCUCAGCCAGCAGUACCUGAACCACCCACCAGUCAGCCGUUCCCUCAAUAAGCCACUCGAACAGCAGGUCUCCUCCAACACUGAGGUGUCUUCCGAAAUUUACCAGUGGGUGCGUGAUGAACUCAAGAGAGCUGGAAUCUCCCAGGCGGUAUUUGCCCGUGUGGCUUUUAACAGGACUCAGGGCUUACUCUCAGAAAUCCUGCGAAAGGAAGAGGACCCCAAGACUGCCUCUCAGUCUCUGCUGGUCAACCUGAGGGCAAUGCAGAAUUUCCUGCAGCUGCCUGAGGCAGAAAGGGACCGAAUCUACCAAGAUGAGAGGGAGAGAAGCCUGACUGCUGCGUCAGCAAUGGGACCUACACCCCUUAUAAGCACUCCUCCUAACCGCCCUGUGCAGCCAAGAAGAGAAGAGUGUAAUAAUUCUAGACCUGAAGAUUGGAAUUCAAGGAUUCAAGUGAAACCAUCUCCUAUCCCCAUAGAAAGGAAUGGAAAACCGGACAGUUGUGUCUUGAAUAUUAAUGCUUCCAUCUAUGAUGAGAUACAGCAGGAAAUGAAGAGGGCUAAAGUAUCUCAAGCCCUGUUCGCGAAGGUUGCAGCAUCAAAAAGCCAAGGUUGGUUGUGUGAGCUGCUUCGCUGGAAAGAGGAUCCCUCCCCUGAAAACAGGACUUUGUGGGAGAACCUGUCCAUGAUCCGCCGCUUUUUGAGUCUUCCUCAGGCAGAAAGAGAUGUCAUCUAUGAACAGGAGAGCAAUGGAAGUCAGCACCAUGUGGACCGACCACCCCAUAUGAUGCACGUACCAACUGAUCCUCUGCAGUCGCAGCAGCACCAACAGCAGCAGCAACAUCCACAGCAGCAUCAACCUAUGCAGCAGCAAUCGCAGCAACAGCCACAGCCAGCAGGGCCACGGCUGCCCCCCAGACAACCUUCCACUGCGUCGCCAGCUGAGUCAGAGGACGAGAGUCGUCAGAAAACUAGGCCUCGAACCAAAAUCUCCAUCGAAGCUCUAGGAAUCCUGCAGAGCUUCAUACAAGAUGUAGGCCUGUACCCUGAUGAGGAAGCCAUUCAGACUCUCUCUGCACAGCUGGACUUGCCCAAGUACACCAUUAUCAAGUUCUUUCAGAACCAGCGUUUCUAUGUAAAUCAUCAUGGGAAGCUAAAAGACAAUUCUGGCUUUGAGGUGGAUGUGGCAGAAUAUAAAGAUGACGAGCUGCUCAAGGACUUGGAAGAAAGCACCCAGACUAACAGUACAAUCUUUUCCAUUAAAAUAGAGGAGCAUUUGUCAGGGGAAGGCAAUUCAGAAUCAGAUUCUGAAUCUAAAGAUUAGUAUUUUUAUUUCCUUCAUUUAAACUUUUUACAGUGCCACUGAAAAUACUAUUUAAAUAGACUUUUUUGAGUGUUUUUAUUUUUUGGGGGGAGGGGGGGGACUGUUUUUUUUGGUAAUCCCGUAUUAUUCACUGUAAAGACUGAUGCUUCUUAUAAGAACUUGCACAAAACUUAUUAAUAUGUACCCAUGGAUAUCGCAGACUGCACUUGACGUCCUUUGAUCUGUUUAUACACUGAUAUUGAGCUACUGAUGAAGUCAUUGGAAUUAAUAGACUGUUUACUUGUUGUUCGCUGGAUUUUAAAUGCAGAUAUUCGGAACACAGUUGACAAGUCCUUAGGUACUGAAUAUGAAGCCUGCUGGCAAGCAUUAAGUUAUUCUUUCAAACCUAAACUUGAUUAUAAACCACUUGAGCUCUGGAAAUUAACGCAGUAAAUGUGCGUUUGAGAGUAUGGCUUACUCUUUAGAUAUUAUUUGUUAGGAGAAAUAUAUAAAUUAUAUAUAUUGACUGUAAAAAAGAUACAGUUUUAAAAACUAUGCCAACAAAUGCCUUGUAUUAUAUGGCACUGCCGAUAUUCAAUUUUUUUGCAAAAACUUUGUCACUGUAACUUUCUGAAUCUCAUCUUAAAGGUUUAAAAUGUGAAACACAACUUUUAUUUGUCUCGUCUUAACAUUAUUUAUUUGCAGAUCCUGCAGCAUCCUGAUGUAAUUAAUUUUUUGGAAGUUUUGGUUAUGUAACGCUUAUUUUUUUAUUUUAUUGUACUGAUAUUUUUUCUAUUUAUAAAUGUAUUUUGAUGGGCAGUAAAACAAAAGUGUCUUAAAAGUUUUAAAUGGAAAAUGUGCUUUAAAGGUUGCCUAUAAAAGUGCUAUAUGUUAAGCAACUCAUGCUAAAAGCUUCACAAUAAAUGUUGUAUGCAAUUUUUACUAUCAUGCAAAUAAGCUUAGGUAAAUUACUAACAGAUAGAACACCUUAGAAAAAAACAUAUGCAAUUUAUGUGAAAUUCGAUGUUUGCAAUGUGUCUUCCUUUGGUUUACAAUCCAAUUUGAAGCUAUUCCUGUAUAAAUAUUCUGUAUAAAAAGUGCAUUUCUUUUUUAUGAGUUUUCUUGCAAUGAGAACACCGGUUAUUUUGUUACAACUGGCUGUUUUAUAAGUGUUUCUCAGUUUCUUUAUGCAGAAAUGUUCUAACUAGGAGUGGUUAUUGAUUGUUAAUGACACAAUUAAAAUGUUUGUAUGGUA